AUGAAAUCUAAUCGUGUACAAUUAAUUGAAAGAUGGGGAUUAGACUAUUCAAUCGUUACGACAGACUUGACAACAGAUCUCACUCCUUUAUUUAAUUGGAAUACAAAGCAAUUGUUCUUGUAUAUAACAGCAGAAUAUGUAACUCCAACCAAUGUUGUAAAUCAAGUUGUUAUUUGGGACAAGAUUGUCACUGAUAAAGAUAUGGCAGUUAUUAAUGAAAAGAAUAUUGCCAAAUAUUAUCUAGGUGGUGAUCAACGUGUAAACUAUAAAAACCUUGCUUUAAAUAUUACUUUUAAUUAUAAUGUAAUUCCAAUUAGUGGAUGGAUAACAACACAUCAACAAGGAUCUUAUUCAAUCAAAAUACCUCCUACCUAUAAUUAA